AUGGCAACCAUCACAGAGUUAAAAAGCGCUUUGAGAGAGACGCUGGAGGCCCGAGGGGUCCUCGGGCAGCUGAAGGCGAGGAUCCGGGCGGAGGUGUUCAGCGCGCUGGACGAUCAGAGCACGCCGCGGCCGCCGCUGUCCCACGAGAACCUGCUGAUCAAUGAACUGAUCCGAGAAUACCUGCAGUUCAACAAGUAUCGAUACACCGCCUCGGUGCUGACCGCAGAAUCAGGUCAGCCUGAAGUUCCCCUGUUCGUGGCCAGUGAGCUCAAUGUCGCAGAAGACGUGCCAAGUGCCAAAGCAGUGCCAUUGUUGUAUGGAUUGCUCCAUCAUUUUCUUAGCAGUAAGGGAGAGCUCAAAGGAAAACUCUUCCUAAGGGGCUCAGCAGCAGUGUCUUCACAAUAAUCACAUGGCCAUCGUAAUGCAGAGUCAUAACACUGAGCUCUGCAGCCAUCUCAAGAGGAAGUCAUAUGAUCACAAUUAAAACAAUUUCCCGUAAAGAGGCCAAAAUAUUCUGUCCAGC